CAUUUUUUUUUAAUUUAAGCUGAUAAGAAUCUAUCUUCUGUGUAAUUGUUAUCUCAUUCAUUAUCAUUUAACCUUGCCAGAGAGUUGCUCAAGAAAAUCUGAAAAGGUCAUUCGACAGUAUUGCCGAGAUGCGCUUUCCCCUGGCAGCCACUUCUGCAAUCCUAGCUGUCGUCUUGGCUCUUGCUCAAGUACAGAGCCGUGGUUUUCAGUUUCCAAACUUCACGAUUUCAGAUCAGUCUGAACUUAUUUUGAGUGACAAUUCUUCUAUAGCCCUCGGCGCCAUCCAAGUCACACCAGAUGUUCGUGGAGCUAGCAUGGAAAACAGGGCUGGAAGGACCCUGUACCGACGGCCAUUCAGGCUGUGGAGCAAGGAGGGGAAGAAAGCAAAUUUCAAUACGACCUUCGUUCUCAAUGUCCAAAACAUGACAGCUUCAAGUGGUGAAGGCUUGGCCUUUAUAUUAACCGCAGAUCCUCACGUUCCAGGUGGAAGCGAUGGACAAUGGCUUGGGAUUGUAAAUUCCAGGUUAAAUGGAACCACUGACGCGAAGACAGUGGCGAUAGAAUUUGACACUAGAAAAAGCUUCCCAGAAGAUCUUGACGAUAACCAUAUUGGAUUGGAUAUAAACAGUGUCUACUCAAAAAGAUCGGUUUCGUUAAAUGAUAGAGGUAUUUAUAUUUCUGCGGCCAAGGAUAUCAAGGUAGUUGUUCAAUAUGACAGCAAGAAUUUGGUUGUUUUUGUCGGUGACGACAUGAAGAAUCCAGUUCUCUCUGAGCCUCUCGAUCUCUCGGCCUAUCUUCCAGAAAAGGUGUAUGUGGGAUUUUCGGGUUCAACAAGUAAUAACACGCAAUUAAAUUGUGUGAAGUCGUGGCAGUUUAACAUUUCUGAGGUAAAAGAUUCCAAGUCGCGGACGGUUUGGAUUUUGGUUGCUGUAGGAUCAGUGCUAAUCCUGUUGAUUAGUAUUGGUAUUGGUAUAGCCUUUUUCUUGUACAGGAAAAGGGGAUAUGAAGGAAAUAGGGUGGAGAAUACUCAUCCAAAUAUUGAAGAGGCAAUCCUAGGCUUCUCAACUGCUCCGAAGAAGUUCAAAUUCAAAGAACUUAGCAAAGCAACUGGCAAAUUCAACCCUAAAAACAAGCUCGGGAAAGGUGGCUUCGGGACAGUCUACAAGGGAAUCUUGGGAAAAAAGGAAGUUGCUGUCAAAAGAGUCUCAAAGAAAUCAACCCAAGGAAAGCAAGAGUUCAUAGCAGAAGUAACUACAAUAGGCCACAUCCAUCACCGAAAUCUUGUUAAGCUGAUCGGGUGGUGCCACGAAAAGCGCGAGUACCUCUUGGUUUACGAGUACUUGCCUAAUGGUAGCCUGGAUAAAUAUAUAUUUUGGGAUGAAAAGUCAGGCACGCAGGAAGAAACACUGAGCUGGGGAAAAAGGUUGAGUGUGAUUUCAGGAGUGGCACAGGCAUUGGAUUAUCUGCAUAAUGGAUGUAUGAACAGGGUACUUCACCGAGACAUAAAGGCCAGUAACGUAAUGUUGGAUUUAGAUUUCACUGCAAAACUCGGAGAUUUCGGCUUGGCUCGCACCAUUAUUCAUAAUGAACAAACUCACCACUCAACAAAAGAGCUUGCAGGAACACCUGGCUACAUGGCUCCGGAGAGUAUUCUUACAGGAAGGGCAACGGCCGAAACAGAUGUUUAUGCUUUUGGUGUUCUUGUUCUGGAAGUUGCAUGUGGAAGGAAGCCUGGAGGGCAGGCUGAGCGGGAUGACUACAUCUGUAACAUUGUGAAUGGGCUAUGGGAACUUUACAGGAGGGGAACAAUCCUCGAAGGUGCAGACCCCAGAUUGAAUGGAAUAUUCAUAGAGGAAGAGAUGGAGUGUGUUCUUAUUCUGGGGCUGGCCUGCUGCCAUCCAAACCCAAAAAAUAGGCCCUCCAUGAAAACUGUUUUGCAGGUUCUUACAGGGGAAGCGCCACCACCAGAAGUGCCAGCUGAAAGACCUGCUUUUACGUGGCCACCCAUGCCUCCAUCCUUCAAUGAAUGGGACAACUCUCUUGUUGGCGGCCAACUCUCUCCGUUUUCAGGACUCUCAGGGAGAUGAAUCAAACACCAGGGUUUGAAGCAGAAUGUCGUAAGUCCAUCAGUAUGAUUUGGUUUUAACCAAUUAUAUAAGUACGUGUAUAUAGAUAUAUCGUUGCCGUGUUCCAGGAAGUGAUUAUCGAAAAAGAGUAACACUUCAAUAAUCUUUUUUAUUUAUUCGUCAAAUCAUGUACAUAUAUAGCGCUGGAAAACUAGCUGCAGGUUCAUGAAAACUGGAGGAAUAUGUUCUCUGAAUUGAAACCCUUUGGCCAGCUAUGAUUAUCUAGGUGAUCGGUGCUAUGCUUGUAAUUUGUAGAUCCUAUUUCAAAGAAAUUUGCUGUGAUUUUUUUAAAAA